CAUCUCGUGGUCUGGCAAAGCGGUCUUGGCGGCUCCUCUAACGCCCAGGUGUUUCUCUGCAGAUAACGUGGAGUGUUUUGUCGAUUAUAUGGAGCUCUGGCUUCCAAAGAGACAGAUGGAUGGACUGCUUCUUUGGCUGUCUAAAGUAAUGCGUUUUCCAGUCAGCCUCAGCUCUCUGGACCGCUCAAACCGACUGCUCUCCCGGUGCCGCUAUCUCUUGAACACGGAUUCCGAUGGAAAUCUUCUUUUCCGCGUACAUUAUUCAGGCUGCAAAGUGCAAAUGGAGAAAGGGUUCCACGUGUUGGAUAUACACAUAGUGAAGAAGACAUCCGGAGGAAGUGGACGGAGCGAUCGCCACACAAUGCAAUGCCCAGCGAUGUCGGCAUCCCUCGGCAGGGAGGCCGUGCGUUGUGAGCCGCACUAUGUGCAGGUGUCACGUCCAAUGCCUUUGGGAAACUCCAAGAAUCAGGAUCCCUGGUUCCUGACGUUCCGUGGCGAGUUUGUGGUUUCGUUGGAAGAUGCCAGCCUGUUUGGUAUUGAGGUGGAAAUGAGUAAUUUCAGCGUGACCAUCAGAGGGCCGCGUGGACAGCUAUUAAAUACCAGGGAGUUUCUGGACAGACAGACGGAGUUUCUCCCUCUCUGGUUGGCCCACGGAUUUUAUGCCUAUUCCCUGGAAGCCUCCUGCCCUCUUGUGACCCGGCACCCAGGAGAAGACGUCAUACUAAGCAUCCCAAAGCAGCGCAUGGGUCUGGUGAAGAGAGGUUCCUACAGCACAGAAAUGUUGACUCUGAGGAACAUCGUGGUGGGUCAGUCCAUCAGCGCCACCGUGACGGAGAACAAACACUUCAUCGUGAUCAAUAUCCCGGCCAAAGAGGUGCUGCGGACGCAGGCGUGCCGCACGGCUGCGGGAAACGUUAGCGGCGUCCAGGCUUUUUACAGCGUUGACCUGAGGUUGGAGUUUGUAGAACUGGCCUAUCCCAUGAACUGGACGAUGGAAAACUAUUAUGAAUGCACAGAGGCUUCACAGCAAGAAUUAACUUUUUUGUCUGUGGCCGGGAAUAAACCAGGAAUGGCUGAGAAUGUGUCUGGCCGCGCGAUGCCCAACAAGCAAGAUACUGUAUCGGCUACCGAAGGCUCGUCGCAUAUUAACACGUCAGAAUCUACUUUAGGAGUAUAUGACCAACCCAAGAUCGUGUCACCCAAGCAACAGGCAUCUGCAGAAUUAGACAUUGGGGCAUCUGGAGAAGACUUGGAUGUCAUAAGCGGGUCAGGGGACUAUCUCGAAACUCAGACCCCAUCUGCAGAUAGUGCUACACCAAAUAGUUAUUCCAAUUUAUGUGCUUCCAACAGGCUCUUGCCUAUGUUGAUUACUAGACAGCUAAAAAUACCUAAUUGCUAUAAGACUGCUCUACCUGGGGAAAAAGAAACCAUCAUUUCAAAACCAAAGCUGAAUCUUCCCACGUCGGGUAGAUCCAAAGAGAUGACUAACAUCAUUAACGCUACCUCUGAAGUCACUUACGAUCACUACCCUAAAGGUAACCAAACUACUACCCACUCUUCUAUCGCCAAUGCCACGGAAAUCAUGAUUUCAAAUUCUCCUGCUAUAAAUCCCAACGCGACAAACAAGGGCAUAGGACAGGCGCAUCUACAUUCUCCACAGUCCGACCCAGAGGUGCUUUCUAAGGCUUCACCUUGGAUGAUGGAAGAAGAUGCCUCCUUGGAGGUGUUUCCUGUUGAUGGACAAUCUAAACUUAUGGCAGAAGAUGGAUUUAUAUUGUUUGUGCCUAGAAAUGUCUCAACAAUUGAGAAAAAGCAUGAAAGCACCAUGGGGUUCCCAAAGGCUGGCGUUGGCUCGACCCAAGAUGAGACAUGGACAGCAGGUCGACCAGAUGUCCUAACUAUACCGGGAAAUGACAUAAAGAGCCCUGAACAUCUACAGAACCUCCAUGAACGUGAUCGUUCCAGAUCAUACUCUGUACCAUCUGAGUAUACCUCCCGCAAGCAGUCUUCUUCAGCUACUGGGGUUUGGUCAACCAAGACACCCUUAUCUAACAAUCAGUUUGAAGAGAUUACAAACAACCCGCCGGGGGAAUUAGAGAAAGUUGUCGCUGAUGAACAAUUAUUGCCGCAGUACUCUUAUUGA